GGCUGCUUUUCAGUCCUCUUCUUCAUAUGUGUCGAUAUUCUGGUACGGAGGAGAAAGCGGCGUGCGGCACUCAACAAACCCAUGCUUGGCACGGCGAUAGCAAUGUACUUGCUGAGCACCGCGCAUAUGAUUGUCGACCUGGUUCGAGUGAUACAGGCCUUCAUUGACGCGCCGGAAGGUGCUCUCGACUACUAUGGUGAAAUCUGGACGUGGCUCAGCAUCUUCAAGCAAGCCUUGUACGGGACCAACAAUAUCAUAGCUGAUAGCGUCGUGAUAUACCGCUGCUACGUGGUAUGGGGCUUCAGUAUCAAGAUAAUCAUCAUCCCAGUCAUUAUGCUCAUCGCCACCUCAGUUUGCGCCUACACCGCGGUCUACAACUUUAGCCAGGUGACACCCGGAGGCACUGUCUUUGCGCAGAACAUUGUCCCAUGGGGGACCGCUCUUUUCAGUCUGUCUCUCGCGACCAACGUCACUGUGACGACAUUGAUUGCGGUGCGCAUCUGGUGGCUAGCCCGACAGACCAGUACGGCUCUCAGUGAUAGACAUCUCAUCAAAUAUCGACGGGCUAUUGCAAUCAUAAUUGAGUCAGGCUCAAUCUACUCGGCAUGCAUCAUGACUUUGCUCAUCUUGUAUUGUCGUGAUACGAAUGCACAGUACAUUGUAUACGAUUCGCUCUCGCAAAUCAUGGGAAUUGUCCCUACAUUAAUCAUCGUCCGUGUGGGACUGGGUAUAACCACUGAAGACGUUGGUACCUUCGUGGCGUCAACCUUCAGAGCUGCGCCUUUGGAGAGCCACCCACGCCCUGUCCGAUUCCAUAUGGAGAUCACGCAGACCACGGACAUCGAGGAUGAUGGGUAUGAAUUGCGAAAGGAAGUCAAAUAG